AUGUAUUGUAUUAGGUUGGCUUACCUGCAAGAAGACUGUGAUAAUGCAAUCCCACACCAACACUUGAAAUCAAGCAACAUACUCCUUGACAAACAAUGGAAUCCCAAGAUAUCUGAUUUCGGAAUCUCCAAGAUUUUAGGUCCUGAUAAAAAUGGUGAUCUUACUACCCCACUCGGAAUGUCAGGUUACAUAGCACCAGAGUAUAAUUCAUUCCUUUUGGAUGUCAAAAGCGACGUGUUCAGCUUCGGGGUACUUGUUAUGGAGAUUGUGUCUGGAAGGACUCCAGUGCAAUACUUUCCAGAUGAUAUACAGGAGUAUCUGGUGGACUGGAUGAAAAACAUGGUGUCUGAAGGGAGAUUAGAUGAAGUUUUGGACCCAAGAUUGCCUGCAAUGCCAUCGCUGGUGGAUUUGAAGAGAAUUGUUCUGAUAGCACUUCGUUGUGUGGAUCCAGAUCCCAGUAACAGGCCUAAUAUGGGAGACGUGAUCCACAUGCUGGAGCCCCGGGACUUGUUACUGAAUGAUGCCAAAUCAGCAACUUCUUCCUAUACAGAAACUGAAACUGAUCAGGGCACAACCUAA